AUGCCCUGCGACGGUAAGAACAAGUCCUGCCAGAAGAGGCGCGAGCUCCUGCACCAGCUAAAAUGCCUUAUCACCACGAUGGAGCGCAAAAAACCCUGCGAGUGGGACGAGGAGCCGUGCGGCAUAACCAGCUGCCUCCCAAAGUGCCCGGCGAUCUGCUACAAGCCGUUCACGUGCCAGCCCCCGGUCUGCAAGCCACCCUGCCCACCGCUCUGCCCACCCCUUUGCGAGCCACUCUGCCAGUUGACCUGCGAGCCCCUCUGCUCGCCCCCGUGCAAGCCCAUCUGCCAACCACCCUGCAAGCAGAUACUCUGCACACCGGCGUGCGGACCGGCCAGCCCCCCAGCUUGCAAGAUGCUGUAUUUGCCAUCAUGCCCGCCAAAGUGUCCGACACCCUGCACCGUCGUUUGCCUGCCCAAGUGCCCACCACCGUGUCCGCCACCGUGCCCGAAGCCUUGCCCACCUCCGUGUCCACCGCCAUGCCAGCUAGUCUGCCCAGUGGCUUGUCCACCAAAGUGCCCACCUCCGUGCCAGAUUAUGUGUCCAGUGCCAUGUCCACCACCCUGCCCGCCCAAGUGCCCACCUCCGUGUCCAAAACCCUGCCAAAUCGUGUGUCCGGUGCCAUGUCCACCCAGGUGCCCGCCACCGUGUCCAUCGCCGUGUCCAAAACCCUGCCAAAUCGUGUGUCCGGUGCCAUGUCCACCCAGGUGCCCGCCACCGUGUCCAUCGCCAUGUCCACCUCCGUGCCAGAUUGUGUGCCCGGUGUCAUGUCCACCCAAGUGCCCGCCACCGUGUCCAUCGCCAUGUCCACCUCCGUGCCAGAUUAUGUGCCCGGUGUCAUGUCCACCCAAUUGUCCACCACCCUGCAAACCCAGGCUCUGCUACACGUCGUGUCCUCCCGAGCCGAAGCCCUGCUGCAUCCCCCUGAAAGCGUGCAAGAGCUUCGAGCUGCGGAGCAGUUUCAUGCAAAAGUGCCACUGCAUCAAGAGGAACGGCUUACAGGACAAGUGCCUCAUGUCCGACUGCAUGGGCUACCCGGAGUGCAUGACCAAGCUGUUCCCGAUCUGCGACCCCGGACAGUGUGCCCUCAUGAAACUCAGCUACAUGGGCGGGUCAUAG